CUUUCUCUUUCUCUCUCUCUCAGACCUUGUGUGCACAGUAAUGAGCGCACGCUUCCGAUUGCCCGCCGGCAGAAACUACAAUGUCCGCGCAUCGGAGCUGGCACGGGAUGGGCUGCACGCUGAGGUGCUGUGUAACGUUCUCCUCCUGGACAACACUGUGCAGGCCUUCAAAGUCAACAAGCACGAUCAGGGACAGGUCCUGCUGGAUCUAGUGUUCAAGCACCUCGAGCUGACGGAGCGCGAUUACUUCGGCCUCCAGCUGGCUGACGACACCUCCGACAGCCAGAGGUGGCUGGAUCCAAACAAGCCUAUCAGGAAGCAAUUAAAAAGAGGGUCUCCGCAUAGUUUGAAUUUCAGGGUCAAGUUUUUUGUCAGUGACCCGAGCAAACUUCAAGAAGAGUAUACAAGGUACCUGUACUUUCUGCAGCUCAAGCAGGACAUCCUCAGUGGAAGGUUGCCCUGUCCUCACAAUACUGCCGCACUCCUAGCCACUUAUACUGUGCAGUCUGAGCUGGGAGAUUACAACCACUCUGAGCACUUGCCUGGCUACCUCUCGGAAUACAGUUUCAUUCCCAGUCCCCCUCAGGACUUUGAGAAAGAGAUCACCAAGCUGCACCAGCAGCACAAUGGACUGUCUCCUGCAGAGGCGGAGUUUAAUUACCUGAACACGGCGCGGACACUGGAGCUGUACGGGGUGGAAUUGCACUAUGCAAGGGAUCAAAGUAACACUGACAUUUUAAUUGGGGUGAUGUCCGCUGGGAUUGCCAUUCACAAGAACAGGGUACGAAUCAACUACUUUCCAUGGUUGAAGAUUGUAAAAAUAUCUUUUAAAUGUAAACAGUUUUUUAUUCAACUCAGAAGAGAACCGAGCGAGAGUAGAGAGACACUGCUGGGCUUCAACAUGGUGAACUACCGCGCCUGCAAGAACCUGUGGAAGGCCUGCGUGGAGCACCACACCUUCUUCCGCCUGGACCAGCCUGUGCCCCCGCAGAAGAACUUCUUUGCACAUUACUUCUCCCUGGGCUCCAAGUUCCGCUACUGUGGGAGGACGGAGGCACAGUCGGUCCAGUAUGGGAAAGACAAGGGCAUCAAGAACCGUGUGUUUGCCAGGUCUCCCAGCAAGCCCCAGGUGCGGAAGCUGAUGAGUGGGAUGGAUUGGGACACGGUGAGCCGGACGUCGCUCUCAGACGACCGUCUGGAGACCCAGAGUCUGCCCACGCGCUCGCCCCCCGGCACGCCAAACCAGAAUUCCAUGUUUGCACAAGAGGGCACGCGAGUGCGUCCAUCCUCCGUGGGCCACCUGGUGGAUCACGUGAUACACCACUCCCCCAGCCAGAACUUCACCAAUCACAAGUCGGCCUCCUCCACGCAGGCCAAUAGCAUCAGCCUAGACUCCAGCCCGUCUCCGGAUGCGGACGGCCCCCCCCCAGCGUUGCCCCCCAAGCAGUCUCGCAGGAGUCAGCUGAGCCGCUCGCCCUCCCAGCAGGACCUGGACAACAACCACGUCAACGAGCUCUACGACACACCCGCGCCCUCCGACAAGAGCAUGCUGAACGGAGUGGUUCCUCAUGACAACCUAGUCUUGAUUAAGAUGAGGCCGGACGAACACGGGAGAUUCGGGUUCAACGUCAAGGGCGGUUCGGAUCAGAAGAUGCCCAUCAUCGUGUCGCGGGUCGCCCCUGGAACCUCGGCGGACCUGUGCGUGCCGCGGCUCAACGAGGGGGACCAGGUGGUUCUGAUAAACGGCCGGGACAUCUCGGACCACUCGCACGACCAGGUGGUCCUGUUCAUCAAGGCCAGCUGCGAGGGCAACGCCGGGGAACUCGUCCUGCUAGUGCGCCCCAACGCCAUCUAUGACGUGGUGGACGAGCGUCUGGACUCUGAGCCGGACUUCCAGUACAUUCCGGAGCAGGCGAGUGGCGACCGAUCAGCAAUGGACCCCGAGGCCUGGAGGGGCUCCAUGCACCAGCUCAGAGAAGGACUGAUCACCGGAGGAGUGCUUGCACAGUUUGACCAACUGUACCGGAAGCGGCCUGGAAUGACCAUGUGUUGUGCCAAAUUACCUCAGAACAUCUCCAAAAACAGAUACAGGGACAUAUCUCCAUAUGAUGCCACACGGGUCACCCUGAAAAGUACAGAGGACUACAUCAACGCCAACUACAUAAACAUGGAGAUCCCUGCGUCGGGGCUGAUAAACCGCUACAUCGCGUGCCAGGGCCCCCUGCCCAACACAUGCAGCCACUUCUGGCAGAUGAGCUGGGAGCAGGGAUCCUCUAUGGUGGUCAUGCUCACCACACAGGUGGAGCGAGGCCGGGUCAAGUGUCAUCAGUACUGGCCGAAUCCUUCCUAUAGCGGUACCUACGGCUGUUACCAGCUCAGCUGUUUGUCUGAGGAGGGAAACGGCGCUUACACCGUCAGGGAGAUGACCCUCUCCAACACGGAGACCCAGGAAGAGCGGCCGCUGACCCAGCUGCAGUACAUGGCGUGGCCAGACCACGGCGUCCCCGACGACUCCACCGACUUCCUGGACUUUGUGGCUCUGGUGCGCAGCAAGAGGGAGGGCAAGGACGAGCCGGUGGUGGUACACUGCAGCGCUGGCAUUGGUCGAACCGGAGUUCUCAUCACCAUGGAAACAGCGAUGUGUAUGAUCGAGAGCAAUCAGCCUGUGUACCCAUUAGACAUCGUGAGGACAAUGAGAGACCAGAGAGCCAUGAUGAUUCAAACCCCAAGUCAGUACAGGUUUGUGUGUGAGGCGAUCCUGAAAGUGUACGAGGAGGGCCUGAUGUCUCCGCCGCUGACCCCAGAAGAGGAGGAGGAGGAGGAGCCUGGAACGGUAGCGGACUAACGGCACCUGGGGGCGCCCCUGGAGCUGCGCUACCACUGACCUACCUGGAGCUCCCCCUGCUGGUCGCGGAGGGGGAGGACAGAGACUGGAACAGAGGGGGAUAGAGGGAGGGGAGGAAAAUACGAAACAAAACAAACAAAAUCUAAGCACUGAUGCACUUUAUGUUAACAAGAGGAAAAAAAAAAGAAACAGUGAUAUCUGGAGAUUCAUGUUUAAAAAAAAAAAAAGGACAAAAAAAUAAGUGGAGAACAAUUACAUAAGGUUGCAUCAUUUGGUCUUUUCUAGAAUUAACAAGCUUUUCAGGGUGAUGUUCAGUAUGUGUGGAUUUCGCUGUAGUGCCAUGAAUUAGGACAGGCCCUUUGAACAACACGGACGAGAACAAUCUGAGAAGACGACACUUCACAGCUGCUCAAGCUCACAGCAGGCUGUCUAUUUUAAAAGGAUAUUUAUUCUAUUUUAUUUGUUUAAAAGAAGAAAAAGGCUAUAGAUUCUUUAUUUGUUUAUUUUUUUUCUCAUGGUGACAUUCUAAGUUGGGGAAAUAAGGUUUAUUUCUUUUAAUUGUUUUUGUGAUAUUCAAAUUUUUUAUUUUUAUUUUUUUUGGCGUUUCCUGCAACGCAGUGUUCACUUGUGUGAUCCUUUGAACAUGUGACCGCGUGAUCAUGUGACCGCAUGAUCAUGUGAUCGUGCGCGGUAUGGGGGUCUCCGCUCUAAGGCCCUGAGCUGUUCUCGGCAGGGAUGGUUGCCGAGGGCUGGUUGCCGAGCGAUGGUUACCGUGCUACACAAACUGGAUCCUCCUGGAACUGGACCAGAGACCUGUCUCCUGCCCCACAUCCGCCUCAUCAUCACUCAUCACCAGCCAUACCUGCCGCUCUCUUCAGAGAGGCCACCACAAUUCACCCAUUACUUGGUGGGCCGUAUAUAUGUGUGUGUGAGUGUGUGUGAGAGAGUGAGUGUGUGUGUGUGUGUGUGUGUGUGUGUGUGUGUGUGUGUGUGUGUGUGUGUGUGUGUGUGUGAUAGCGCUAGCCUUUCAAGUGCUCAUGUUUGUUUUUAUGGUGUGAACAUCCUGUGCCAGCCGCCUUUGACUCCAAGACUUUGCAGUUGAUCCCCCCCACCCCACCCCACCCCACCCAAAUUACCAGCAGAAACUGUAGAUACACACGUGUGUGAUUGUUUUGGGAGUUGUCCAUGCAUUUUGACACAUUUGCUUUCAAAGUACACAAGCAUAGAGAACAAGUACUAGGUUAAACCCAUAAUACUAUAACAAAACCAUACAGUCAGCAACAGCGGUAUGACUUGGAUUCUCGUGCCGUGACGCAUGUGUACUGUAAACUUGUGAAAAUGUCUCUUACGCUGCCAAGACCCCUUCACAUGUGUCGGGCGUGCUCAUAGGCUGCAGGCCUUCACAUGUGUCGGCCGUGCUGAUAGGCUGCUGGCCUUUACAUGUGUCGACCGGUGCUGCCAUCUUGCCAUUUAUUUUUAUUAUUAUUAUUGUUUUUGUUGUUUGUUUGUUUGUUUUGUACAGUGAGUUUGUGAGGUUAUUCCAUGCCACAGGAUAACGAUGACUUCACUCGAUUUGUUCCCCCCCCCCCCCUAAAUUUAUCUAAUUUAUGUCUUUCUUAAAAAAAAAAAAUUAAAAAUACUUAAAUUCUAAAGAGUCUUACAUGACGGUGUGAUCUGGUGUCCACGUUUUCUCAGUCAGACAGUGCUACACUCUCGUGGCACCUCUUCUCUGUCUCCCAGAGGGCACGUCCACAUCCCUGACUCUCUUAAGGCCCGCUAAACCGGACUUGAGUUUCACACACACACACACACACACACACACACACACACACACACACACUCUUCAGCUGAAACACUGGCCUGAGUGGAAACGUAUCACGGUGCGUUGGCGCUGGGGAUGAUCUCAGUUCUGCCGGCAGAGCUCCAUCCUCGGGGGGGGUGGCGGAGGCCUCUAGAAGCCGAGUUCCUGUCAUCUUUAGCUACUAGUAUUAUUAUUAUAAUUUUUGUAUUUUCUUUUCUUUUCUUUAUUUGAACUGCAUCAAUCUCGCAAAACACGUACAUGAGAUGUAUUACAAGUGAACAAGAGAUACAAUGACAUGCAAAUUAAUAAUUCAGAUGACUUUUAAGGACAUUGUCUCUCUCUUUAUUUUUUUUGUCUCUUUAUUCCUUUCUUUAUUUUUUUUCUUUUAUUUUUUUUUGAUGGAGGCACGCAAGGAAGGACUGGGGCUUCCAGGACCAACAUGUUUUUCAUCCUCCUGAAUGUUCUGCAGCAAGACUCACUGGGCUUGCCUAAGUGUUGUGAUAGCUCCCGAGCGAUAGAUUUGCUAUUGAUAUCAUUUAGUGGGUCGGUUGGGGAUAUUUUUGUAAAAGAGACCCUUUUUCUGCUCCUCUGGAAUGGAUAGCACUUUGCAGCUGACUAUGUAGACUGCAGCUCUACGUGAGAAUUCAUAGUUUGAGGGAAAGGGUUGGUUGGGUUGGGGGGGGGGUGUAUGAUUUUGAAAUUUUAUUUAUCAUUAAAAAUGUGUGAAAUAAAGACACCUGUAGGGGGAAAUGUGAUCUGCAUAGUGUCACCUGUUAAAUAUCUGUAAAUACCAUGUUGUAUAUUAAAAAAAUCUCCUGAAAAGAA